AGAGAAAUGCGCAUGUUGGAUCAGGCUGUUGGUUCAGACUUUUCAGUCUUCAUUCAUUAGUAGAUUUUGGAUCCACUGAAGGAAUAAUGAUGUUCUGUAGAGCGGCUUGGCAAAGAUUCAUGCCUCUGGCACGCAAAACACUCUCUCCUUUAUUAAGAAAUGCUGUACCAACACGUCAGAUGUCCUUUGGACUACCUGCAUCAGGCACAAACAUCGCCUACAUGAUGCUUGGUGGAGGCUCACUAACUGCUGCUCUUGUUUAUGCUUAUAAGACAAUCAACUCUGACAGUGCAAGAUAUAAUGACAGAAUCUCUCAAAUCGAUGCCAGACCUAAGAAAGUAGAAGUCGCAGUGGCCGAGGCAGCCUCCGCUGUGGAAACCGAAGCAGUGGAACAUUCCACCAUCGCUGAGGCCACCACCUCAGAACCUAUCAUUGAGGUGGUUGCUGCAGAAUCCACCCCUGCUGCUGCAGAGGUUUCUGCUAUUGAGGCUUUUGUUGCUUCAGAAGAUGGUCCUGCACAACUCUUGGUUGCUGCAGCAGUAAAGGCUGAGGAAUCCAUUGUAGAGGCGGUAGCACCUGCAGUUGAGGAACCCGCUACACCUCUUGUUGAGGAUGUUGCAACUGAGGCUCCCGUUGCAGAGACAACUGCUUUCCACAUGUCUGACCUACAGAGCACUGUGAAAAUCAUUACUGGGUCUAAAGCAGAGAUUGCAGCUGCUUCAAUUGGAGAUGAGCAUUUGGUUGCUGCAGUGAGGCUAUUUGAAGAGAAGAGUUCUAUGGAGACUCUUAAUGAGUUGGAGGUUGCUGAUGUUAAAGCAGAGGUUCUAGCAGAAGCAUCUGUAACUGAAAAAGCAAAAAUAGAAGGGGAACUGGAAGAACAGCCCUCAGCACCUGCAGGAGAAGAUGCAGUUGAAGCAGCAGCAGUGGGCAAUGAUGAGUCUGAGGCAGACAGCCCUGUUGAGGUUGAAUUUUCUGUUGAAGUCUCUGCCUCAAUAGCAGGAGCCUUUGAGGAACUCGCUUUUAUAGAAGUGGAGGAAGAGAAUACAUUGUGUCGUGAGCCAGUCACCACAGAAAUUGAGCAUGUAGACAUUACAAUGCCACCAGCGGCCCUGGAAAAAGCACUAAAGACCACAACACAGGCAUCAGAAGAAAUUGUUACUCAAACAACAAUGGAUGAUGUGGAGCCAGCUGAAGUUGCAGAGCUGAAGUUGCAGAAGAAGCUGUUGAAAGUGAAAAUAUUAUGAUGGCCAUGCCGCAGGCGUGAGUUUAACGUUCCACCGAAAGCAAGACUGAAAACAAUAUAAACCAAAGGAUCUACCAUACAGAAUACAUAAAUAAAUUAAAUACAAUACAGCUUCUAUAGUCAUGAGAUGACUGUGGUGCACAUGUUCCUAUUCUUUUCACUUGAAUAGGUCAUAUUCUUCAAAGAGAACAAUAUUUGUAUGAUAUUUGAUCAUUUACAUUCUCUGAUAGUCUCUGUCAUUUUAGGCAUUGGUUUUCCAAACAGAGCAGUAAAUUUAUGUUAUUUUACUCAAAGAGAACUAGAUCAUAGAGGGAAAGUUUCAGUAACAGGUAUUAUAAAAUGAAAAUGUAAAAAAUACACAGCAUAGCCAUAACAAAACUGUUGUGUUUGUUGAUUGAGUUAGAAAUCAUGCUGUCACAUCCACACCCGAAGUUCAUCAACUUUAUUUACCGAUGAAUAUUACCUACCGCUCACAUUUUCAGUAUAUUGUAUGUGUCUGUUUCUGCAUUUCUAAACGUUGUAUUUCUUAGUCUUUCUCAAAACUGUUAUAUUUGACUUGAAAAUUAUUUAUUUAAUUUAAAUGAUUUACUUUAUUGAAUUCCUCUGAAUUGUUCUUUAUUUUAAAUCUGUAACCAAAUAGUCUUGGACACUUUACACUAUUUUAUUUAUUUAUUUUUAAACUGUAGAUGGUUUAAAGGAAUAGAAAUGGUUUUUGCAGGGACCGAGAAGAAAUUGAAAAAAUCUGAUUUUGGUGCAGUCAAGGGUGUGGAUUUGGCUUGAACGUUAGGGGGUUGCAGCUGAAGCAUUUACUUGUUUCCACUAAUAAUUAUAUAAAUAUUGGGAGGAUUGUACUUACUUGUUUUGAUUAUUGGGGAGGUUUGAUUUUUUUUCAGAUAAGUCUUCUUGUUACAGAUUUUGUAUCUUUAGGUAUGUUUAUAUCAGAUAUCUGGUUACCUUUUGGUGAAAAUAGUUGAUUUUUUAAAUUAUAUAAUAUUAAGACAAAAAUAUGAUGUUUUUGGCACUGCUGUGUAUGGGACCGAAGACCAUCACAGCGUCAGAGUCGUGUCAGGGCCCAGACACUGAGGAUGGACCAGGUUAUGGGCUGCUCAAAUAAAUUAAACUCUGUUUUCAAAUAAAUUAAAACAAUAGGCUUGUAGACUUCCGGUAGCAACAUUCAUCUGUAAAAUAAAGAACAAAGAUAUAAAUC